UGGAACAUACACCACUGGCAGAGUUGCAGAUCCGCCAGCAUGAAUUUCAUCACAUGUUGAGUUGCAAGAAUGUUGCAAAUUUUAUUGUAAUAGUUGCCAGGAAAAACUUCAGAGUGUGUCCAAGCGAAAAUAUGCUUCAAGUUGGGACAUGGACAGUCAUAAAAGAAGUUUUUCGCAUGGCAUCUGCAAUUCCAAAGAACCGUUUCUGCUUCAUUAAUGGAAUCCAAGGCCAAAACACAAAAGCAAUAUUACGCAUGAAAAAAAAUCACUUGCAAGACCUAUGGAUCAUAUAUCACAAGGUAUAUUGUCCUAUGUCGAGGCUCACUUGCAGUCAUGGCUCAGAAGAUAUGGACGGAAUUUCCUUAUGUGCUUUACUCCUCAAACAUGCUUGGUGAUUUGAAGCCAGAGCUGAUGAAAGAAACACUAAACAAUAAAGAUGGAACUUAUUCAAGAAUUACUCCAGAUUAUAUAAAUAAAUUAGCAGGAGAUGGCCUUCAUUCAUCCGUUGGACGAAAAUGGUCUAAGAUGAGGAAACUUCCAAACCACGCUUUCCAUGCAGAGAGCUUGAAAAAUAUGAUACCACCGAUGAUUGUUGGUACAAAAAUGAUGCUUGAGAGAUAGAAAAAUUAUGAUCAAUACAUCAACGUCGACUACAAAUCUACUAGAAACGAAUCAUUUUAUGGUACUUCUGGCAUGAUGAGACCUUAGAAUGCAGUUCUUUUCAUUUUACUUGUAAUACGAGUAUAUUUCUUUCAUACCCGUGUUCAUAUUUUCUUCAAAUAUUAGUGCAUCUGUACUAUGAAAUUCAAAUAGGAGAAAUAGGAGCUCUGUUAUGUU